UUAAUUUUUGAACAAAGCUAACGAGUAGCCGGUCAGUAGUGUUCAACGUUGGUGAACGUCACUUUUCGAUAAAGCGUGAAACCCACACAGGAAUAUAAACAAAAUGAGUUCGAAAGAAAAUAACGAAGUUGCUGUCGAAAAAAUCGACAACGACAAAAGUGCGCCCGACGCCAAAUGCGAGUUAAAAGGCACGAAGCGAGCGGCGGAGGAAAAAACGGAGGAGGUAAAAAAGGCGCGAAAAGAGGAGAACGGUGCGGGUUCCGAGGGCGAAGAGCUGGAUGAAGAGGAGGAGGAGGGUGUUGAAGGAGAGGAAGACGACGAUGAAGAAGAGCUCCCUGAAGGCGACGACGAGGAGCUGGAAGGCGAUGACGAUGACGAGGAGGAUGUAGAGGGUGAAGAAGGGGUAGACGAAGAGGAAGACGACGCAUAAUGGAGCAGGUGGUCGCGUAACCACUGUGCAACAUGUGACGGACUUUUUCUCAGCGCAAAGUCUCGAGCUACUUUGUGGCCAAACUAAUUUUUAAUUAAGUUUUACAAAAAAAAUCAGUAAUUCAGUUUUAAAUCAAGUGCGUUUCAUGCUAGCCAUACCUCGAACCGUUGUUAUAUGUCACUGUUAGUAGCGCCACCUAGAAGCAGGAUCUUCUACAUUCGGCCACAGGCUACCUCGCGACCUUUGCUUGAGCAAGAACUGUUCAGUGACCGUGUGUGAACUGCGUGUAAUCCGCGGUACCUGACUCUUCUAACUUAUUACUACGUAUCCCUUCAAUUUGUAAAAAAAUUGUCCAAUUUAUGUAAAAAUAGGUAUAAAUUUUAGAUUAAGUUUGUCUCUGAAUACAGUGUCUUUUUUUUAUUGAUUAAUUAAAUACUUGUACAAAAAAUGUUUUUUGAAGAUGUCGCUGAACCCGCCGCGGCUUUCGGUGCGAAAGCCUUCAAAAAAUGUACUUCUAUUUGGGAACGACCGUUAUUGUGUAAUGGUUGUACCAGUCUGUCGAGCGCAGAAGGGCAAUAAGGUGUUAGGCUAACAUAGAACUUAGCGAAAUAUGUUUUUAGAUCCGUGUGUUUGACUAUACAUGUAUGAUUUUUUUAUGAGAGUAUUUAAAAAUACGGUUUUAAUAACGCGGUGCUAGUCGUCGCCUCUUGUACACUGCCAAAUUCUCACUGUAAAUUGCAUGGAUAACUCUGCCACUUUUGUCAAGUUACGAAGCCAAUCCGUCACAAUUCUCGCUAGCGUCGCAUUUUCAUUUUUCUAUUUUUUUAAAUUUCGUCGUAACGUGACAAAAGUCUUAAGGCUGGGUUCUCCGAGCGAUUAACCUGAACUAUUUGGCUGAACUCAUUCCAACCGAUUUGUUUGUGACAGCCGGGUGAUCGCACUUCACUUCAUAUUAUAUUUUUACUACAGAAAAGAAAUGUUUGUCUACCUAAUAAAAAUACGAUCUGUAGAAAUUGAUUUGUAACAGUGUUGUAUGAUUUUUGAGUGACCUAUAAACGAUGGAUACAACUUGUUUCAUA